AUGGGCCCUGGAAACACAAUGGAUAACGCCUCUGAAUACGGAACAAGAGAUUACACUUUCGGAUCCUGCCGGGGUCGACACUUUGUCCAGUUCCAUUUCAUCGCAUUGCCUGCUUCGCCUUUGAAUUUUCGGCAUAUAUUCGCUUGCGAGUAUUUGAAGAAGCCAUCAUAUGCAGUUGGAUCAAUCGGGCCGCGUGGCGCAAUGGAUGGCGCGUCUGAAUACGGAACGAGAGAUUACACUUUCGGAUCCUGCCGUGGUCGACACUUUGUCCAGUUCCANNNUUUGAAUUUUCGGCAUAUAUUCGCUUGCGAGUAUUUGAAGAAGCCAUCAUAUGCAGUUGGAUCAAUCGGGCCGCGUGGCGCAAUGGAUGGCGCGUCUGAAUACGGAACGAGAGAUUACACUUUCGGAUCCUGCCGUGGUCGACACUUUGUCCAGUUCCAUUUCAUCGCAUUGCCUGCUUAG